AUGGGCUCUAUUUCAGACGCCUUUGCGAUUCUCCUUGCUGCCCAUCACCCGGCGUUGAAGCUGCUGGGUGUAAGUACGGUGCAUGGCAACGGGUCGUUGGAAAAUACAACGGUCAAUGCCGGAAGCAUUCUUGAAGCUAUCGGACGUUCCGACAUCCCCGUAUAUCCUGGUGCAAAGAAGCCGUUCUGUCGCAAAGCUGUACAUGCGGAGAAUAUUCAUGGUACUAUACCCAUAUUCACUUGCUCCGCUAUAUAUCAUAUCACUUACACGCUGCGUCUGCUAGGAGCCUCCGGCAUCGACGGGACGGACCUUCUCCCCGCCCCAACAAAACCGGCGGUGACGAAUGUCUCAGCAUUUGUUGCCAUGAGGGAGGCUCUCCUAUCACAACCCAAAGAUACUGCAUGGGUUGUGGCUACUGGAACACUUACCAAUAUUGCCAUCCUCUUCGCAACAUUUCCUGAGGUGGCAGAGCAUGUCCGUGGCAUUAGUAUUAUGGGCGGUGCUAUCGGCGGAGGCUUCUCAGGCGUUCCUAUUAGCAAGAAGGAAGGAGACGAAUUGAGGGUCGGAAAUAUAACUCCCUGGGCUGAGUUUAACAUAUAUUGUGAUCCGGAAUCAGCCCAGUCUAUUUUCUCAUCCCCAGUUCUCGCACCAAAGACCACGCUGGUAACUGUCGAUUUGACACACCAAGUACUGGCCACCAAAGCAGUUCAAUCACGUAUUCUAGGGUUCGACGGUGCCACGGGAGAGAAACAGAGUCCUUCUGUUCUUCGUCAAAUCCUCCACGCGUUACUGACCUAUUUUGCAGGCACUUAUGAUUCCGUUUUUGGUAUCAGCGCUGGCCCACCUCUUCAUGACCCCCUUGCAGUUGCCAUCCUACUAUCAAAUCUCAAUGACCAAGCUAAGAAGGCCGACGGCCUUAAAGAACAGCUACCCUUUGACGAUGCAAGUGGCGCGAGAUACAAUGUUUCUAUCGUGACGGAUGGACUUCAUCACUGCGUCGAUGGAGCCGACUUGCAAGGCGAAGUAGGCCGUACAAACGUCAGCCCAUGCCUUGAUGGUGUCGGGGGAGUCACCAUCCCAUGUAGCCUUGAUGUGGAUAAAUUUUGGGAGACUAUAUACGAUUGCUUGGAUCGAGCUGAUAGGUGGAACCUGGAACGAGUCCAAACGAUCUAG